AUGAAUAUGAACUGGCGACUACAACCUGAAACCAACCCAUUUCCGAAGAUUCAAAAAGAUGGCCAGUGGAUAGCAAGCCCACCUUUCAAGCGAAAACCAAUUCGACAAAGUUCCUCUCGCUUUAUGCAAAUGCCUGGCGAGGUUCAUGAAAAGAUAUUGCGGUUCUGUCUCAAGUCAGAUAAACCAUUGACGCCCUCCAUCAGUCCUACCACAAGCAAAGGUGAUUUGUCCUAUGGACGAUCAGCCUAUAGUCCCUAUUCAAGGUGGCCUUUGUCAUCACAGCUGCUCAGGGUAAGCCAGGAUCUAUAUCGCGAGGCACGCCAUGUGCUUUAUAGUGAUAAUGUACUCUCCAUCACGUGGCAAACUAUCUAUGGCCCUCCCCGAAGGGUACCAGAAUACUCUUGCACGAUUUUGGGAGCAAGUAUAGUUUAUUCGGACCACCACUUUGACUGGAGUUCUGAAUGGGGAACCGACCUACUCAGCCUGGUUAGCAUACUCAGGGAAGAACGUAAACGCUGGGAGCCAGACACGGAGUGGCUUGAACAGAUUUACCCCGCCUUAUUGCAGUUUGACAAGGUGCAGGUGGUCAUGCAAGAUACCAUUGCCUGGGGCUAUUUCCAUAUGUCUAAAACAUUGCAGAAUGUGCUGAAAAACAAGAAGGUGGUUCUUGUCUUGCCGGGGCAGCAAGGCAGCUUACUGAAAAGUCCCGCAGAUUUAGGCGACUUGCUCGCACGUUGCCACAGCCUUCGGUGCAAAACCUUCGAUGUUGCACAUCGCAGCGAUAAGCACGAGGCAGCUGUACAGCCGCAUCGUUGGCUGAUCCAGAGUCAAGCGCGUGUUUCCGACCUACACGAUAGAUGGCAGCUCAUGUUCACCAAACUGAUCCCUCAGCUCAGAGACAUUGGCCAAUCAAUGUUCAUAAUUCGCAACGACCGGGCGGUCCAUAGCUUGCAAUGUGCUAUGAUGUCCGACAACGAAGCCAGCUUUGAACUUGCCAUGGUCGAGAUCCUGCGCUUGACAAGGUUGUGGAUAACUGAGCUCGAACAACAUAUGCAGGAAUGCAUCAACGAAACGGGACAACAGUUACUAGCCACGCAGGAUUCAGGAUAA